UCCUGCAUUUCCCGCACCUCCCUGUAAUCACCCUGUUCGUGGAUUCGGGAUCCUUGAACUCAAAUUCUCACUCCAGACCCCGCCCCGGGCCCUACCUAGUACAUGCAAACAGUAUGAUGCCGACGUGGUCACCCGCAGCCGCACCGCCUCCGCCGGGGGCCAGGCCUCCUCCAGGCUUCAACUAUCCUAUCAUCCCAUCAUAUACCGCUGUUCAGGUCCGCCAGAGCUUUGGUCCUACCUAUACCCAACCACCUCCCCCUGUGAACCCUUCUGCCCCAUCUCCGGAUAGCGCUAAGCGGAAGAUCGACUGGCCUGAUGCGGUUCGCAACUAUGUUCAACGAUCUUUCCUGCCCCACAACAUGGAUCCCCUCGUCUCACGCCAGGAGAUGGAGACCAAGCUGAAGGAGACCAUCUCCCAAGCUAAUGAUAGCGGCGUCAUGUAUUCUGUCAACUGGGACUCGAUGCCACUGCCCCAGCAAAUGAUCCGAGAAGAACAGACCAGAGCCUUACUGUCCCAGCAAUAUCAGCCCCCUGCCCGAGAUGAUGGCUCGCAGACUAGGAGUCCCGCUGCCAGUUCCAAGAAGAGGAAGUCGUCGGAUAUUGGCGAUCUGGAUACGGCAUCUGUAGCCCCUCCCUGGAGAUCCGUUGCCGAGCCUCGCCCGUCUCUCCAGGACCGUAUCACCAACCCAUCACCGGACAAGCCGCGCCAGCCCACGGUGGAUGCAGUGUCCAAGAACACGAGUAAGUUCCAGAAGCAGUUGGAGAAGCGACAGAAGCGCUUCGACGGUGGCUACAAGUCCACAUAUCGGUCGCCAAGCCCUCCUCCCACCGCCGGACCCGUUAUCGGCACCUGCCAGGAUCUAGAGAAGCCGUAUCUCCGCCUGACUUCGGCUCCAGUGCCUGCCCAGGUCCGCCCGGAGUCCAUCCUGAAGCAGACCUUGGAGCUUCUUAAGAAGAAGUGGCGGAAAGAAGGCAACUACUCUUACAUUUGCGACCAGUUCAAGUCGAUGCGCCAGGACCUUACCGUGCAGCGCAUUAGGGACGAUUUUACCGUUGCCGUCUAUGAAAUCCAUGCCCGUAUUGCCUUGGAGAAGGGGGAUCUUGGUGAGUAUAAUCAGUGCCAGACUCAGCUGAGGGCACUGUAUCAGAUGGGCCUCAAGGGCAGCCCCGUCGAGUUCAAGGCGUACCGCAUCCUCUAUUUCAUUCACACAGCGAACCGCACUGCGUUGAACGACGCUUUGGCAGAUCUAACCACAGCAGAGAAGGAGGAGCCCGCCAUCAAACAUGCCCUGGAUGUUCGCUCGGCCUUGGCGCUGGGUAACUACCAUCGAUUCUUCCAGCUCUAUCUGGAUACUCCAAACAUGGGCGCCUAUCUCAUGGACAUGUUCGUCGGCCGCCAGCGCCUCGCUGCUCUCUGCAACAUAUGCAAAGCGUACAAACCUGACGUGAGACUGCGGUUCAUCACUGAAGAACUCGGUUUCGAGUCCGAUCCCCAAGCGGCACAGUUCAUCAUCGAUCAUAACGGUCAGCACCUCCUUGAAGAGCGGAGCGACCAUAUCGCUUUCCUGGCUGGCAAAGCUGGGUCGCUCUUCGAAGUUUCCAAGACCGCAGCCUUCCGCAGGGUUGACAUCAAAGGUCAAAUCUGAUUGACCAUCUGCUGGCCCUCUCUAUCUUGUCUUUUUUACUGUUCCGCUGCUGUUUCGCUCUCUUCUUUUCAACGCCAUCGACGUCGAUCGAGCUGCAUCCCGUUCGUAGAUUCCUUCCAAUCCUAGUGAGGAACAUGCGGGGGAGGCACACGUCUCAACUCGCAGCCUACUUACUGGCUGCUUAUCACUGUCGACCCUUUGACGUUGACGAGGAC